CAGUUGCAGCAACAAUGAAGGCAACACAGCAGCAACAUCAGUAACAACAGCAACAUUAUUCAUUUAUUAGCCAAAGUCGUUCGCGUUUCAAGACGGAGCUAAGCAAAGUCAAGGCAACAGGCGGUGGGCUGAGCAAUUCUAUGGCCAGUUUUUGCUGUUGCUGCUGCGGCUGCUAAUGUUGCUGCUUUUGGUGUUGCUGCUACCGUUGCAAUUGCUGUUGCCUCUGCAGGCGACGACUGCAUUUUCCUUGGUCGCGCCUUUCGCGCUUUGGCGGCGCAUUUGCAGCGCACAGCGCGAAUCUGCAAGACGUGGCGCGGAUUGCUCGUGUAAAAAUCAAAAUUGCUGAUUUCCAUGCAAAGGAUUACGAUGAAAUCGCUUGGCAAAACCAAAUGGAUAUCAAUUAAAAAAACAUGGGAUCGCAGUGCAAGUUGUCAAUCGGAACGGAAAAGCGGAGUGGAAUCUGGUUUAAAUAUACGAAAUAUGUGAAAGGCAAUUAAAAUCAGAAAGAGGAAAAUAACUCAAUAAUGAAAAACUUAUGCGUCGAAAUAUAAAUUCCACAACUGUAUAAUUAUUUCGGUGUCAAGUAACUAAAAAAUAUACUCAUUUGGCAAAAAUAUAUCGCAACGGAAAUUGAAAGAAAAAUAGAAAGCUUAAAUUAGACUGAUUAAAAAUAACAAUAGCCAAAUGUCAAACACAUUUUCAAAAAUUGUAUAACAAAACAAUUAUAAAGUAAGCCUUUCUUCAAUUGUGAAAUUAUUCGCGUAUCAAAUGAUAUUUACCGAAACUUAACCAUUGGAAAAUCGUCAUUGCUUUUGACUUAAAUCUAUGUGCACUAAAUUGAGCCAUUAGGAAACUUAUUUAUUUUUCUACGUAAACAAUAAUAAAAGCUAAAAACUGUGAAAUUCAAACAAAAAUGAAACAUCUCGUCGUGCUUUGCAUAUUUUCACUCUUUGCCAAAGAUGCACAAACGUUGCUGUUAAGCAAAACGGAUUGGAAGAAUCUGCGCAACAGUGGGGCCUUGGACCUAAAUGUGUUGCGUUGCUUCUUGCGCGACAAAAACUUCUGCCCCAGUCCACAUAUCGAUCACCGACUGUACGCUCCCAAUGGGCCGCGAAGAGGAACUCCGUUAAAUGUCAAGAACCCGUUGAGUUUAUAUAAGGGCGGUUUCAGUAAGAGCCGCGAAACAGUUUUUAUUAUUCACGGUUUUAAUGGGACCGCCAUCGACAUUCACCUGCAAUUUCUCAGGGAUGCAUACCUAUCCCGCGACUUUAAUGUCAUCACCGUGGACUGGCGACCCUUGACCCGAUAUCCGUGCUACCUCCACUCGCUUAUCAACACCAGGCUUACGGCGCAGUGCACCGCCCAGAUCUACGCCUUCCUGACCCACUACGGAGCUGUUCGGGAGCGGAUCACGUGCGUGGGUCACUCCUUGGGCGCCCACAUCUGCGGCAUGAUCAGCAACCACCUGACGCGAAAGCAGUACCGCAUCAUCGGGCUAGAUCCCGCCCGGCCGCUGAUAGAGCGCAACAAGAGCAACACCUUCCGGCUGACGAUCGACGACGCAAGUGUCAUCCAGGUGAUCCACACCAAUGCAGGAUUCCUGGGGCAGGAGGACAACACCGGGCACCUCAACUACUGCGUCAACGGAGGACGCAUCCAGCCCUUCUGCAAGGGGAAUCCCAUCAGAAGGUCCCGCUGCUCUCAUUUCCUGAGCAUCUGCUAUUUGGCCACGGCCACUUUCAAGCACAAAAAGUUCAUGGGGGUUCCUUGUCCCAACGGCUGCCUGAAUCUCAGUGGAUCAAAGAGACUGCCCGUUAGCGGAAAAGUUAAUCCCUUCGAGUUCGCCUCGCUGUUGAGGGAGUACCACAUGGGUAACGACGCCCCCGAUGAAGCCCGAGGCUGCAUUUGCAUAGAUGUGCCGUAUGCCAAGCACUGCCCCUUCACGGACGCGUAGCAGCUGGUCCUCAGUAGGUCGUAAUUCUCUAAUA